UCUCGUUUUGCCACCAAACUCUCUCUUUUCUCUUCUCCGGUGUAGAGAAGCAGAGGGGAAGAAGUAGAGAUUGAGAUGGCUGCAUCGACGUCGUCUCUGGCUUCCAAGGUUGGCUCUGGCCUCGGCUUUCAGCGCUCUGAGCUCCGGGGGCUGCCGCCUCCUUCCGUCCAGAUCUCGAUCCAACGCCACUCACGCCCUUCCAGAAGGCUGGAGGUCAAAGCUAUUGGUAAUGUGUUUGGAAAUUUCUUCCGGGUUGCAACUUAUGGAGAAUCUCAUGGAGGUGGUGUUGGUUGUACUAUCAGUGGAUGCCCUCCUAGACUUCCCAUAUCUGAAGCUGAUAUGCAAGUGGAGCUCGACAGAAGGAGGCCCGGGCAAAGCCGGAUAACCACGCCAAGGAAGGAGACUGAUACGUGCAAGAUUCUUUCUGGGGUUGCUGAUGGAAUGACUACUGGAACUCCAAUUCAUGUUUUUGUGCCAAAUACUGAUCAAAGAGGGCAUGAUUACAAGGAAAUGUCAUCGGCAUACAGGCCUUCUCAUGCAGAUGCAACAUAUGAUUUUAAAUAUGGUUUGAGAUCAGUUCAGGGUGGUGGGAGAUCAUCGGCGAGAGAAACCAUUGGAAGAGUUGCAGCUGGAGCUGUUGCAAAGAAAAUUCUGAAGUUGAGAACCGGAACAGAGAUAUUGGCCUAUGUUUCUCGAGUCCAUCAAGUUGAACUUCCAGAAGGGUUGGUUGACAAUGAGACCGUGACAUAUGAGCAGAUAGAGAGUAAUAUUGUGAGGUGCCCUGAUCCUGAGUAUGCUCAAAAGAUGAUUGAUGCAAUUGAUGCUGUUCGUGUGAGAGGGGACUCUGUCGGCGGUAUCGUCACUUGCAUUGCAAGAAAUGUUCCACGUGGGCUCGGAUCUCCGGUCUUUGAUAAGCUGGAGGCUGAUCUGGCAAAAGCUGCAUUAUCGUUGCCUGCUACCAAGGGAUUUGAAUUUGGCAGUGGGUUUGCAGGUACUCUUUUGACUGGGAGUGAGCACAAUGAUGAGUUCUAUACCGAUGCAAAUGGAAACAUCCGAACAAGAACAAAUAGAUCUGGUGGUAUUCAGGGGGGAAUCUCGAAUGGAGAGACCAUAUACAUGAGAAUUGCUUUCAAGCCAACAUCUACUAUAGGGAAAAAGCAGAAUACUGUGACGAGGGAUAGGCAGGAAACUGAACUGAUAGCAAGGGGCCGUCACGAUCCUUGUGUUGUCCCUCGAGCCGUUCCUAUGGUGGAAUCAAUGGUGGCGCUUGUGCUGGUGGAUCAACUGAUGGCACACCUAGCACAAUGCGAGAUGUUCCCCGUCAACCCGGCCUUUCAAGAUCCUAUUAAUCCUGCUGCCCAUGAAUCCCUUCCUCAUUCCCAAGCUCACUUAAAUGGAUUUCUUUUAGAACUUUAUUAUUGUUGUAUUUUAUUGUUUGUGGCAUCUCCGGACAAAGCCCAUCCAAAGAGUGUAUCAAGGAAAGUAGUAGGUAAAAAACUACAACUGUUGAGUUUCAGUAUUUUGUGGUGUUUGUAUCAGAAAUAAAUUUGGAAACUUUAUAAGCUAAUAAAUCCCAAUGUGUUUGAUAA